CAUUUCUCAUUCAUUCAGCUCGAUUUCAUUCGUCAUCCUGAUAGUCCCCGAGUUGUUCGCCUUCUCAUCCAGCGCGUGAGAUUUUUUUUUUUUUUUUUUGUGAGGGUUUUUACACCUUCCAACACUUUCGACAAGCGACGACCACUCGUUCUCAGUCAGCUACGCGAGAGAGUAGCAGACGCACUCAUUCAAUCACUCAACGGAGCUUGCGCGCGCAGAGGGGGGGGGAGAGAGAGAGAGAGCGAGGAGAGGACUGAGCAUCCAUCGCGAAGCCAGUCAGUUCCCGCAAUGAUGGAGGGUCGGAGCGAACCUUCAUCAUCAAAGCAGACCGCAGCCAUGCUGUCCCGCCACUCGACGCCUGCGCUGCGUGUCGUCCUCGCAGAUGCAGGUGCAGACGACGACAGUGCGGCCGCUGCUGCUGGUGCUGGUGGUGCUGCUGGUUCACCGACACACGCAUUCGGAGCAUUCGCAUGGCAGCAGCAACAGCAGCAACAGCCCGCAGCAGCCCAGCACAGCAGCAACAGCAACAGCAGCACCCGGUCACCCACCAUGGCUGCGACAGGCAGUGCAUCACGGUCGGGCAAUGGCGGCAACACGACUGCUUCAAGGGGACGGCGUCGUCGGGCGGCUUCAGACCGCGAAGGUGCGCCGACAACGCUUCUUCCGCAGCUGAACAGCAGCCACGGCACAGGAGCGACCACUGGCACCAGAGCGAGGCACAACACAAACACUGCGCUUGGCAAUGGCAAUGGCGGCGGCGAUGUGAUGGUCGUGUUGCCUGGCUCGGCGUCGAGCGAGGGCAGCCGAAGCGAUUUGCUCUUUGCGCAGUACCUGGCACGGCAGCCUGCGAGCGACCAGCCGCCACCACUGCUUCAAGCAUCAUCACCGGCUGUCUUUGCGCAGCAGCACAGCGCGCGGUCGCUCGUGCUGGCCGGCAAGUCCAGCGCUCUGAACAAUCCAGGCAAUUCAGGCGACCCAAAUCAAGGCAAUUCGAAACUCAAUCUUGCACCUAAUACCGCAGGUCCUGCUCUAGCUGCUCCAGCUGCUGGGUUGACUGCUCCAGCAGGAUCGUUCAGCUUCCAGAUGGAGACAGACACAAGCACAGCCAUGAAUAGCACGAGUAACACUGUCUCGCCAAGCUACAGCUACAACACGGGCAGCCCGCUCAGCCCAGGCCAGGCGCUCCGAGGCUCAGCAUCUCAUUCCAACUACCAUGCCGUCACAGCGCUCCCGAUUGCUGUGGCAGCACUGCCACCACGCGUCAUUUACUCUGCGCCUUUGGACGCAAACCCACUCCCACAAGAUUCAGCCGCUCAUUCUGCUUCGGUCGCUUCCACCGAGCCACUCAUCGCGGGACCAAGCCGGACGAACGCUGCUGGCCGCCAGCCCAAAUCGCCCGACAGUUCCACCUUCCUCAGCCAAUCAGACAGCCUUCAGCACGACGAUCAAAGCCAGCGAUUGCAUCAACGGCGGCCGAAUCGCAGCCAUUCGUUCUCAGGAUCAGAGUCGGAAGACACGGCGACCAGCCAAUCUACGCUUUCGGACGUCGACUCGCGCUCAGACUCUAUGGACGACAGCGACGACGACGAUGACGGCGACAGCGACGAUUGCUCCACAUACGGGAGCCGCAGCUCUUCCGAUCGCGGUGCAGACUCGGAUGCUGAUCACUCCUUCUCCCAAACCGAUCAAUUUGAACUCCGAAAUCGUCGUACCGACGACGAAACAGACGGGGAGGGUGAUCGACGGCGGCGGCGGCGGCGGAGGAGCAACAAUCGCCGUCGUCGUCGUCUAAGACAGCAAACCAAACGGUCUUGGUCGAAAACAUGUUGUUCAGUGUUGUCACGACCCUACCGACGAUUCCGACGCAUCCUUCGGCGCUGGAACCGCGCUCACCAGAGCGAAGAGGUUGGCAAGCCAUUCUUGAUGCACCCCGUGCAUUUGAAUUUUGCAGACCCUGCCGCCGAAAGCGAGUACUCCGAUCAUAUCUGCCGUCGCCAGUUGCCGCUCUGGAGAACCUCCGCCUUCGUUGUUUCCAUCAUCAUGUUUGCCUUUGCAUUCUUUGACUGGUUUAACAUUGACGAGACGCAUUUGCUGGCGGCGGCUCUCGUCAUCCGGGCAUUCAGUAUUAGUUAUCUGCUCUUCUUUGCGACCUACCUCUCCAAAACGGCCUUCUUUGAGCGACACUAUUCGGCCAUUGUCACGCAGCUCCUGAUCGUCCUCGGCGUUUCGUUCGUCAUUGUUCGGCAGUUGAACGACCCUUCAAGUCCGGUUGUCGCCCUCCUCGUGCUGAUUGUCUAUGCGUACAUUUGGUGCGUGGUGCGUCUCCGCAUCAUGUACUCCACUUUGUGUACGGCGGCCGUGCUCGUCGCUUUCAACGCGGGCCACUAUGCUCAAGAAACCGGCUCGAACGUCACCGAGAAUGUCUACCUCUUCUGCGCGCUCUUGAUUUUUGCCUUCCAGGGCUAUUUAAAUGAGCGCCUUCACCGGCAUGACUUUUGUCUCCGAUCUGCGACUGCCGACGCUGCUCUUGCCGUGGCCAUCGCCCGCAAGUACGAACAAUCCGACCAGCUGAAGACGCAGUUCUUUGAGAACAUGGCACAUGACAUGCGCACGCCAGUCAAUGCUAUUGUUGGCAUUGCACAGUUGCUGACAGAAAGCUGCUCCGAUCGCGAGCAGCUCGAUUUUAUCCGACUCAUUGCAGACACUGGCCUGGAAUUGCGCGUGCUGAUUGACGAUUUGUUGGACAUGUCUACCAUCCAGGCCGGCAAGCUCACGUUGCGACCCGAGCCCAUGUACUUGACCGAGCUUGUUGAAAAGUCAUUGGACACGCUGGCGGUUGCCUUCCAUCGCAAGAAUCUCGAGCUCUUCUCGUUCGUUGAGCACGAGACGUACCAGUUAAUGGUAGAUGGUGGUCGUCUCAAGCAGAUCAUUUUCAACUUUUUGUCCAACAGCUGCAAGUUCACCUCGACGGGCGGCGCGUCAUUGACCGUUGCAAGAUUGAUUGAGGAUGAAGGCACUGUGACCUACCAGUUUUGCAUUGCCGACAGCGGCAUUGGAAUCAAGACGAGCGAUCAGCAAAAGCUCUUCCGUCGUUUCUUCCAGAUUGACAACGAGGUGCAAAAGAAGGUCACGGGCACGGGCUUGGGCUUGGCCGUUUGCAAGCAGCUGAUUCAGCAUAUGGACGGAUCGCUGCUCGUUGACUCGCAUGAAGGCCAAGGCACGACCAUUGUCUUUGCCAUUCCCUUCAAGAAGGCGACGGCCAAUCCUCCAUUCCUCGAACUACCAGACAUGACGCAGCAGCAGCAACAGCAGCAGGAGCAGCAGCAGCCCAGUUUGGUUCAACUCAAGCAAACGGAGCCGGCAGGCCUUUCUGCCUCGACGACAAGCUCACAGGCAGAGUUUGCACGCACACAGCUUGCACGCGAAAGUGCUCCUUUGGCAACGAAAUCCGUGCCCGCAGCCUUCUUUCCAUUCCCCGAGCCGUUUUCAGAGGGCGACAGUAACAGCAGUAACCAUCACGGUGGCGUGGCGUUGGGCGGUACACGAAGCCGCGCGUCCAUUUCGCACUCGGCAUCGGACAUUGGCACGGUCACGGUGCAGUUCACGUCGCCAACCAAGAACGCUCAGUCUCUGCUCGACCACGAGCCCGUACCAGAACGACUGCCGUUGCUUCUUGAGUACGAUCCGCUCUCCCAAAUGGUGCAAAAGGCGCCCCUGUCCAGCUCGACUCUAGCAUGCGUUCCCGAACUCGACCACGGCGCUGGGGUCGACCACCAGCAACAGCAUCCAAUUCUAACGCAUCGCGACAGCAAGUUGACGCUGGACAUGGCCCAAGCAGCUCCCCAGCUUCCUCAAGCUGCUCCCGUUGACACUUCUAGAAGCUCGGCUGGUGCAGCUUUCGCACUACCGCCGUCGGCUAGCAACUUGGAUUUCAGCUGCAGCCAUUUCACUGCGACUGGCGUGGCUUGCCAGUACUCGCUCGCUGGAUGCCACGAGCGCUAUGUCCGAUAUUGCUCCACGGACAGGUCGACACAAUGCGUCAUUGUGGAGUCGACGGGCAUGUUUGCUCGUUGUCUCAUGCUGACGCUCCACGACUUGGGCUUUCCCAAUGUGAUUAGCUUUCCGACGACGACGGCGGCGUAUCAAUACGUGGUCGAGCUUGCCCAGUCCUCUCAAACCAAAAUUCUCGUGUUUGUAUCGGAUCAUUUGGAGCAACAAGGGGCAGGCUCUUCGGGCGCCAAGCAUCGCGAAAGCAGGGAGCGUGAGCGCGAGCGCGAGAGCAAGGAUUCCCAAACGCGCGACACAAAAGACCGCCCCAAGGUCAUCUGGCCCAGCAUGUUUGAUCCCAACCGACGCCGCGGUUCCCGUGUUUCGACACACGAUCCCGAGCUCGGCAUGAGCGACGCGUCGUCCACUUCUAUCGGAGGCGUGAGCACCCACUCGAGCGUGUCGUCCGCCACCGCUCCAGCUUCAGGCUUGGUGGCCCCAGCACCUUCCUCUCGCGCCACUCUGGCCAUUCCGACCACGACGGCAGGCAUCUCGCGAAACCGCGAAAAGUCUGUUCGGCGCGGCGCCACCAUCGACACGCCCGCAGCGUUCAUCUACGACCUACCUCCGCAACCACCCAAAGCUCCAGCAGUUCUUUCUAGACACACCAGCGCCGAUCUGUACGUGACGGCGGCAUCCAGCUUGGAAGUGGCUUCGCACGAGUGGCGUGGCUCGCGCUCUCGAUCGCCCAGCCCAAAGCCCGCACUUCGCCGCACCUCCAAUCUGGACAUGCAAGAGGCCCGAGACACGCGGGAUACGCGGGACAUGCGUGACACUCGUGACUCUCGUGACACUCGUGACACUCGUGGUCGCGUCGAUGCCUCCAUCGGGAGUGCCAGAACCAGCAGCAGCGCGUCAAUCAGCUCAAGAGCGUCCAUGCCUGCUGGCUGCAACUCUUUUCUGGAAGCCCUUCGUGCUUCGCCCGAUCUCUGGGCGCGUGUUCGGUGCAUGAUUCUUGUCUGCCACCGUCCGCAGGGUGCCGCUACUCACUCACUGAACAAGGCAAGCACGGACAGCGGCCCUCCCUCUCGUCGCAUGACUGGCACCAUGACGCUCAAAGAGCGAGCCCAGAUCAAGCCAACCAAAAGCGCGAUGGUUUUCCCGCAGGUGCAGCCGCACGCGUCCCGAGGCUCACAGGAUGCAAGCUCACACCGGCCGUUGGAGACGGACUUGCCGUCGUACUGCGCAGUGUUGCGGACCCCCGUUCGACGUUCCGCGCUGGUCGAGGCCCUGCACAAGCUGAUGUGGGAGGCCAAGCACAGCGCCGUUGUUUCGUGGCGGCGGUCCACGGUGAUGGAGCACCAACCUGUGCUUCAUGCAUCUGCGACGCGUGUUCAAACCAGUCCCGGCUCCGUUUCGCGGUCCCCAGCAUCCAAGUCGUCGCUCGUACGCCAAACAAAUGUACCUGCCCAACGAGCUCCGUUAUCGAGCGUCGCCUGGCACGACGAUCUGGCCGCCAGCGAUGAGUAUUUUGCAGCAACGACCGCUUCCGCCGCCGCAGCAACCCCGCAAAGUCAGACGGCGCUGGGUUCUACCGCCGGAUCUAGUGCGACUUCUCACUCGCCUGUUCCGCCAGUGGCGGCGUCCAAUGGAUUUGUGCAGAACGAGUCCAUGAUUACUGCGUUCACACUUCCGACAGACAGCCCUGCACGUCCCCUGGUUUUAGUUGCCGAAGACAAUCCGCUCAACACGCGCGUGCUUUCAGCGCUGCUGUCGCGCAUGCAAGUUGAUUGCGACUUUGUUAGUAACGGGAUGGAAGUUGUCGACCAAUUUAAAGACAACGCGCAACGCUGGAUGCGGGGCGAAGACCGGCGAUUUGCGUUUGUGCUGAUGGACAUUGAGAUGCCGGUACUUGAUGGCUAUGCCGCGACGGCCAAGUUGCGAGCGUACGAGCAGGAGAAUGGCCUUCCUCACGUUCCAGUCUACGGCGCCAGUGCUCAUAGUGCUGUUCGGGAAGCUCCGCGUGCACUUGCCAACGGAAUGGAUGGAUUCUAUUGCAAGCCGCUGCUGAAGGCGGACAUCCAGCAACUCAUUGCGAGUUGGCAGCAGUCCAAGGCCAAUCGCUCGUUCUCAAGCACUUCGUUUGCCUUCCCUUAGAGUUGCCAUUGCUAGCUCAGUUUUUUUAUUCACGUUUUUAUUUUAAAAACUGUAAACUUGCCUCUGUGUUGUAACAUUAUUUGAUUGUUUUUUUCAAGAACGUUUCUUUUCGACUAA